CCCCAACGGGAGUUUUCGCAUAUGUUGACUUGUUUGAAUAAUCCUCUGAUAAAGGCGGGAGUUACGUAAAUACCGUGACGUAAGCAACCGCCACACUUGACAGUGAAAGUGUUCUUCCAAAGUGCGCAAAAAUUAUGGCUCUCAGACAUAUCCUGCGAUCUGCUGUGCAGAACCGCAUCCUCAGGACGAAUUGGCAGUCGCUGAGAUGCAUGUCACACUAUCCCAUUGAUGAGAAUCUGUUCGGACUGAACAGUGAACAGCAACAACUCAGGCAAACUGUUUUCAACUUCCUGCAGAAGGAAUUGGCUCCCUACGCUCAGGAGAUCGACAGGGAGAACAACUUCAAGGACUUGAGGAAUUUCUGGAAGAAAUGCGGUGAUCUUGGGCUUUUGGGAAUAUCCGCUCCCGUUGAGUAUGGAGGAAGUGGAGGAUCUUAUCUAGACCAGUGUAUUGUCUACGAGGAGAUUUCUAGAGUCAGCGGAGCGCUGGGCUUGUCUUAUGGGGCUCACGUGAGUCUUUGCCUCAACCAGUUGAAGAGACUCGGUUCUGAAGAGCAGAAGGAGAAAUACCUUCCCAAGCUGUGCAGUGGAGAGCACAUGGGCGCCCUGGCGAUGAGUGAGCCCAAUUCUGGAAGCGAUGUUGUCUCCAUGAAGACUCGGGCUGAGAAGAAAGGCGAUUACUACAUCCUCAACGGUAGCAAGUUCUGGAUCACCAACGGUCCUGACGCUGAUACCUUAAUAGUUUACGCCAAGACUAACUUCAGUGGUCCUGCGAAGCACGGCAUCACUGCAUUUAUCGUGGAGAAGGACUAUCCUGGCUUCAAGACGGGUCAGAAGUUGGACAAGUUGGGAAUUCGCGGCAGCAACACAGGAGAACUGAUCUUCGAGGACUGCAAAGUCCCAGCCAAGAAUAUCCUGGGAGAAGAAGGAAAGGGUGUCUAUGUCCUCAUGUCGGGCCUUGACUACGAACGUCUCUUGUUGGCUUCUGGUCCAGUUGGACUCAUGCAGGCCGCCUGUGAUGUUGCCUUCGACUACGCUCAUCAGCGCAAGGCUUUUGGCCAAAGGAUCGGCGAAUUCCAACUCAUCCAGGCGAAGAUGGCCGAUAUGUACACUCUCCUCGUGGCCUCCAGAUGCUAUCUCUACAGCGUCGCUCGCGCUGUGGACGCAGGAACUGCCAAUGCCAAGGACUGCGCCGGCGUGAUUCUCUAUACGGCUGAAAAUGCGACCAAACUGGGGCUGGAUUGCAUCCAAAUCCUGGGCGGCAAUGGAUACAUCAACGAAUAUCCAGCUGGGAGAAUCAUGAGAGAUGCCAAGUUGUACGAGAUUGGCGCAGGAACGUCAGAAGUUCGUCGCCUGGUCAUUGGAAGAACUCUCAACAAUGAGUACAAGUGAAGAUAUUACAACUGAUCCCGAAAACCGUCUGCAUUUAACUUGCAUUUAAAUUGUGAUUAAAUUUAUAUGGAAAAAAACUGAGGUUGCAGGAUACCAAAUGAGGCCAAAAAUUAAAUAAAGUUUGUUAUUUUGGUUAUUUUGUUGAAAAAAGAUC